AACUCGUUUGGGGAAAACGACUGCUCUGCAAAGCUAAAACCGUUACCUUAUAAUCCCUUUUCUUCUUCUUCUUCUUCUUCUUCUUCUUCUUCUUCUUCUGUCCCCAGAAAUGGCAGCCACAACCCCCUUCUUCCAUGGAGUUUGUGUAGCACACCAUAAAUAUCUUCGACAUUAAGUAAACCCCAUUUCAGCCCUUUAUCAUAAUCAACAGUGCACUGGUAAAGUAAACCCCAAAUUUUCAGUAACCUUUAUUGUUUCUCUUCUUAUACCUCCCCUCAUGCCUUUUCACUACUUGGGUCUCUCUGCUUUUGCAUCUUUUCUCUGUAUUUUCUCUGGGGCUUUCUCUGCAUUCACCUUAUUCUUCCUUUUUCUGUUCUUUACUUCUUCUUUUUCGUUUUGAUGAUUCUCAUAGGGUUCACAGUUUUGGGGUUGAUUUUGUUCUGAGCUCAGUUUCUGUUUGAUAUAUUCUUCUUUUUCCCCACAAACCCAUUUGGCUUUUUUGGCAUGAUGUUGUGUUGGGGAGCUGGAAACGACAUAUGGGUUUCCUUCUCCUUGUGUUCAUGUGGGGUUUUUGAGGUUUUGAACAGUGAUUAUGAAAGAUCUUCCAUGUUUAACUAGUGAACAGAACAAGUCUGGGUAAUUUUGGGUAAUUUGGUUUCUGUAAUGGAGUCUUGGAGCUAUGUUUCUGAGGGAAAGGGAUGUAUGUCUGAUGAAAUGAAUUCGCCUACAAGUUCUCUUGCAAGGAACAAAGAUUCUUUGUUGGGUUGGGAAUUCAAAAACCCCUGCAACUUUGGUAGCACCAUGUUACCAACAGCUCAACAUGUUGAGAAUCAAGGAUUUGGGGAAUUCAUAUUCCCUGAAAUGAUAGGGAAACAAUUAGCAGACAACUCAGUUUGUGAUAUUUUGAGUAGCAAGGUCGUUGGUGGAAGAUAUCUAAAUCCAGCUAUGAACUCCUCCAAUGCAUAUCUGGGGGAGGAUGAAUCCACAUCUAAGCUCUCUGGCUCUGUUGUGGACUCUACCAGCCGAGAUUCUUCAUUCAUUGAUUUAAAGCUAGGGAGAUUUGCUGACCAUAGGGAGGCUCAUGGCUACAAAUUCUUUAAGGGAGCCCCCAUUUUGGCAUCAUCUGAGUCGUCGAUGCCUACGAAACGAGUUCGAGCUUCCGGGUUGAAUUCUCAAACUUAUUUCUGCCAGGUUUAUGGGUGUAACAAGGAUCUUAGCUCCUCUAAAGACUACCACAAGAGGCAUAAAGUGUGUGAAGUUCACUCAAAGACUGCAAAAGUUAUUGUGAAUGGCAUAGAACAAAGGUUUUGUCAGCAAUGUAGCAGGUUUCAUUUGCUAGCUGAGUUUGAUGAUGGUAAGCGCAGCUGUCGUAAACGCCUUGCAGGUCAUAACGAACGUCGGAGAAAGCCUCAGGUGGCUAUCAAUUCUGGCAGGGCUGGAAGGUUUCUCCAGUCAUAUAAUGGUAGCAGGCUUCAAGGAACGGCAUUAACAGCAACAUCCUUUAUCUGCCAAGGGAUAUUACCAAAUGGUAUUUUGAAUCCAGAGAAAUAUGGAGCAAGUGAUUGGUGUAGAACUGUGAAAAUUGAAGACAAGAAUGAAUAUAUGCCUUUGUCUGCUGUUCAUGCACCUAGUGCCCAUUUGCAUUCGAAAUCUCUCUUCUCUCCGUACGAUAUUGAUGCCCAAGUUCCCCCUUUCCAUGACAACGAACCGAAUCCAAGCGCCACAAAUAUGUUCAAGGAGAACAGUAAUCAAUAUCCUCUUAUUGCAGGAGGCGUGAAUUCGAGUCCUCGUUCUUACUUUCACAACCCCUCGUUAGGCAGUGAAUACUUCAGUGUUUAUAGUGCAGCAUCAACCGAUCGACUAUCAGGAUUAUCAGACUCCGGUUGUGCUCUCUCUCUUCUGUCAUCUCAAACACGAAACUCCUCAACUCAUUCAUCAGGGAUUCCCAUUGGUCGUCCUAUGGUCUUGCUUGAUGGCCAAAAUCAUUACAGUAUGAGUCAACUUUCUGAAAAGCUCAUGGGAGUAAGCUCCCAGGUAUCUGUGAAUGGCGUGUCGAAUAAAUUCAAUUCGUCAGGGUUGAAUGCUUCGGAAGGUUGUACUCUUGGUCCCAUAUCGACACCUGAAACAAGCGAUGCAGUGAACUUAGAAAUUACGAAUCGGAUUUUCCAUGAAUCAAAUUUAGCAGAUCCGUGUGAAGGUGGCCCGACCAUUGACUUGUUGCAGCUUUCAUCACAACUCCAUCGUGUCGAGCACCAGAGGCAAGCUAUGCAGGUGAAGCAAGAAAGUAAUGCUUUCUGCUGCCUCCGGAUUACUUAAAUUUUAUGAAUAACAGAUCCUUGAGCAGCAUUGACUCGGACGGUUUUGACAACUGAUUCGUAUCGGAAAAGGCGACAGGACAGGACAAAGCUUGUGCUGAGUGUGAAGAAUGCAGUGGAUUUUGAUGCACUGCUGCUGGGAGUGCUGUUGGUAGGCUGAGGAGAAGUUCAAAAUAAAGUAGCAUGAUUUGUUCCUUUCUUAUAAGAACUAACAUUGAUAUGUUGGUGCAAUUCUUGGACCAUUCUUGAAGUAUUCUAUUAUUGACUUGUAAACUUUUCUAUGUAGCUUUGAGAUCUGGGAUUUCUUGUUUGAUGUAGUACCUUCUCAUGAAUUUUUUUUGCAAAAGAUAAUGGUUUCUAUUUCAACAAAUUAGUGGAAGUUGGAGUGAUAACGCCCAAGGCUCGUUUUAGCUCUCGAACAA